UUGGGAUUAUUGCUAGGUGGGACAGAAAUUAAAAGUAGUAACCACAAGGAGUUACCUUCUAUAGCCAUUAUUAACUUUUAAGAUAUUUAUAUGAAGUGUAAUAGCCGCUUUAGAGGACUCUUUGAAAAUAUUAUUUUUCCAAACCUAUCUGUAAUCGAUAAAAUCACAUAUACAUACAUAUGAUCUAUAUGCAACUGCGCAAACUUAAUGUUUAUGGAAUAUCGCAAUAAAUAUCACUGAACUUUACACGUGUUUAAGUAAAUACAAAGGCUUGCAGAGAAAAGAAUCGUAAAUUCAACUUUUAUUUAAAAGUUAUGAAUCCGGCAUCGUCCAGACGUAGAGCUCCGGGCUCUAAUUCGGCUUUAUCCGAGGAAAUGAAAGAGAACAUCCGUAAAAUGAGCAAUCUGAUGGUCGAACUCCAAGAUGAGAAGGUGAAGGUGGCCAGUCUCCAGACGGAGAACGCCAAACAGAACCUGGAGCUAAGUAAGAGCAACAUCAGUUUAAAGGAGCGAGUAAGCCAGCUUGAGCUGGUAAAUGCGCAGUUAGAGAAGUUCAAUAAAGAACGUGUUGGUAUCCUGAUGCAAUUGCAGCAGGAGAUGUCUAACUACGUAACCAUCCAAGAGAAGUUUCAAGAGCAGGAGCAAUCAAUGCAGAUGAUCAUGCGAGAGUUGGAGUUGGAGCGCGAGGACUUGCUUAAUGAACUGGCCGUCAAGGACAUCAUCAACUCUGACAGCAUCGACGACCUUAACGAGGAGGUGGACGGGCUCAAUGAGCAGCUAAAAGAAAAAUCGGAGACCACUACGUGCUCCAUUUGCUUGACGCCUUGGGAUUCGGAAGGUGCGCAUCGCCUGGUGUCGCUGCGCUGCGGACACCUCUUCGGGAACAAGUGUAUCCGCUUAUGCCUACGGCAAUCACGCCAAUGCCCAAUUUGCAUGAAGCGGGCCCACCACGCCGAUGUCCGCAGAAUCUAUGGCUCUAUUUCUUUUCCGCAAUGAUUUAUGGAAAGCAAGCCUUUUUAAUUGAUAAUUUAACUUUUUUAAUGACAAUACUUGGCCAGCUAGUUUGGAAAUGAAAUAAAAUUUUUUAAAAUC